AUAUGGUGACAUACAUAAAUACAAGAAUUUGGUAGUUCUUAGAAAAAGUGAGAUUUUCAUUGGUCGAAAAACGCAAAACUUGCGACCGAGCUGAUUUGCUAUACUUAAAAGAAUUUUUGAAUAGAUUUUAGUGCUCACCAUUUGAAGACAAAACUAAAAACGUCAGAGGCUAUAAUUAGAUUAAUAACGAGUUUAAAAUUAAAAUAUGCAUGCACCUACACACACACACACACAGAGCGUACAUAAAUCAAUGCGCUUAGUAUCUUUUUUUCGUGCUUUACAGUAGGGGAAAAUUUGAAACAAAAAAAUGUGGGCAAAUGUAAAAUUUGCAGAAGCACGAAAGUUUAAUAGGCGGGAAUUAGACAGUAUAACUGCUCAAAAUUCAAAAUGUGGGAUAGGAAAAAGUUAGAAAGAUGGAGAUUGUAUACGAGGUGGCGCAAAAUUAACCAUCCACUCCUUUUUUCACUUAUUUACUGUAUACUGAUAAAAAACUAGUGAAGGAAAACUUUAUGCUUGUCUGUUUGUAUACAAGGUGGCGCAAAUGAAUAAAUUAAAAUAAAUACUAAAUAAACAAAAUUAUUUUGAGUGACUUUUCAUUUGGAACUUUUCUGAGGCUUUUCUACUGGAAAAAUUAUUUUAUGCCUAAUAUAAAAUAAAAAAAUAAUAAUAUAGAAAUAAUAAAAAAGAUAUAAAUAAAUUUAAAACGUUUUUUGUUUGUUUGUUAUAUUUUCAAAUUCAAAAUUCUGCAAGGCACUUAAGGAAUUUGUUGAAAUUACACUCGACCACCUGUAGUAGUACCAGCAGAUUAUUGCAAGUACAAAAUUUUCUAGCAAUUUAAUUUAAUUAAAUUUUAUAUAAAUCUUUUUGGUAAUCUGGCAAAAAAAACACAAAAACAAAACCAGUGCUAGUCCGUAAAAACCCCCAUAAACGAAUUAUUUAGUAGCUGUCAAAAAAAUUAAGAAAAAAUUUAAUAAUUCAAAUAUUUUUAUUUUGUAAUUAUUUAGGAAUAGGAAUUUACCUUUAAGCGCAUUAUACUAAAAACCAAAAACAAAAAAAAUUCUAUUUUGUAAUUUUUCCUACUGCCUGUACCAUUAACUCUAGAAAUACUAUAAAUAAAUAAACAAACGAGUGAAAUUAUUUUGAGUUGAAAAGGCAAAACCUCAAUUUUUAAAACAUAAAUUGUUGAAAUCCUCUGCUGUGACACAAACAAUCAAAAAUAUACCUAAAAAAUUGCCUGAAAUCUGUGCCAACUACUUUUCGCCAAAAAUUUUUGCUGCAAGUGAAAUAGCCAAUUGCUUGCAAUUGCUUGGUGGCGCCGCUUAGCCUAAUUUUUUGGUUACAAGUGCAAUAUAAAAAUAAAGCUCAACAACAAUAGCAACAGCAAGCAGUGCACAGUACACAGUACACACGACCGUGUCACCCAAAAUUGCUAGCGCACACCCAAAAAUACACGACAUUCAAAAUAUAAAAAAAAAAACAAAAAUGCAACGCAGAACUGACGCACCUAACUAAGAGCUCAACCUGCCCACACACACACACACACACACACGCAAACGCACCACAAUUUAUCGCUGUCAUUUACCGGCCGGCAUUUUGUGCCAAUUAAAAGUCACACAAGAUUCUGUGAGGCUAAGGCGACAAACGGACGGACAAACAGGCAGGCAGACAGGCAAAAGCAACAUGAACCAUUUCUGCAAGAGCAGGCGUAACAGUUGCAACGGCAUUCAAAUUUCUCAUAGCCAUACGCAUGUACGUAUGUACCUGUAAAUGUAUGUAGGUGUGUGUGUGUAUUAAAUUUGCCUGCCCGUUUGGCCGCUUAGAGGCAAUUGAUAGUAACUUUUUUCGCAUCAUCUUGGCCAGCUUGGUGCUUCAUGCGCAUUGGGGGCUGAGCUUUGGUGGUGGUGGUUUCUUUGUAUGCGUGAGUGCGCACAUGUGUGUGUGUGUGUGUGUGUGCUGUUCAUGCAUGCCUGUGUGCCACUUCUCGGCUGACACGGUUCCGUUUGCCUACUCGGCUGGCAUUGCCAAUAGCCAGCCAACACUACCAACAGCAAGUGCAGCAAUUAUACGCAAUAUAUAACAGCAACAACAACACCACCAUUUACAUGCGCUUCACUCAGUCACAGCAGCAGAUUUCACAUAAAAUAAGGCAAAUAAUUUAAAUUUGUGCGUUAGUGUUGCGCUGUGAUGGUAUUUAAUUGCACGCAAUUUAUAAAAACGCAAAAGGAAAAUCAAAAAAAAAAAAAAAAACAAAGAAAGUAGCAGAAAUUGUGAAAAUAAUUUAAAAUUAAACUGAUGUAAAGAAUUGUAGCUAUUUUCGCGACAACAACCCACAAAUUUUCGACAAAAAUUAGCAAAAUAGCUUACAAGUGAGCGAAUGUGUGCAAAUUGGGAGGUUACACAGGCACACAUACACACACACACAAUCGCACAUAGAUAUUUUACAGAAUUUUGAUUCUGAUUUUGAUUUUGAUCAGAAACGAAAUUCUUCUACGCCACAUUUUGCGAGGCGACAUUGUAGAGCAUAAAUUCUUUGUUAAGGCCAGCUAAAUUACAACAACGACAACAACAACACGAUUGCUGCAUAAUUGAUUUAAGUAAAAAAUUAGUGCAAAAAAUCAGCAAAAUAUACUAAACGUGAAAGUGUGUUUAAAAAUUACGCUACAGUGCAAUAGGAAAAGUCUCAAGGCCUUGAGAAAAAACUUGUUUGUGAUUACUUAAAAAAAAUUGAAAAUGUAAAGUUACUCCUGCGCGCACCAAAUCUAAAUGCAGCGUAGAAGAAAGAGUGCAUAAUAAUUCAGUAAAAUUGAAGCGAGCAAAAUAAACAAAUCAUUCGUUUCAAAAUCCUCCGCAAAGGAAUAAAAAGAAAACAACUACUAAACCGCAAAACUUGAGAAUUCAUUCAAAAUUAUAUACGCGUGAUUUUAUAAAAACAGCGCGUCAACUGUCGGCCUCAAAGGAACCCAUUGAGCUAAAGAAACGUUUGGAAGAAGUGCGUCUGCUGGAAUCACGACGCUCCGCUCGACUGGCCGAUCAAGAACGAGACACGGAUUUCGCACGUCUCGCCGAUAUGGGUGGUGACCGCCGCCGUACAACAUCACACAGCAUUGAGGUGCCAUUUUCCUUAACGCCACAAAACAACUCACGCAAACGUCCACAGCCAUAUACACACGAUUGCUUUAGCGGCCAGUGUGGUGACAAAGAGGAAAUGGAGGAAUGUCAUGCAGCGAUGAUUCUAAUGAAAUUAUCCCAUUCACCGAAAAAUGCAGAGAAAUGGUUCGGCUCCAGCCCGGGCAGCUCGUCGUCAUCGGGCAGCUCCUGGAGUUCGGGUUCCUCAUCGCCACCGCUCAGCGACGAUGGUCAUGCGGGUCUCAACACAAGCGUCAUAUUGAACGACGCUAGCGCCCGCAUACGCACGACAUCGGUCUCCACCUCGGACGAAGGUAUUGUUGUCGACUUCAAGGAAGAGGCACCACGCAAAAAAAGGGUGAGUAAAUUUUUUUUCCACACACCUCAAACUGAUUACUUAAUCAAGUAAGUAAAAUUCGUUGUAAAAAAAUAUAGGAACUAAAAAGUCUGCAUUUAUAUAAAAUACUUUAUUUUUUACAAAUACUUUGUUAGCGUUUUCCCCGUUAGCAUUUCACGAGUGAUCGCCUAAUCGUAUUUCAAAACACUUAACAAAACAGCACCACUUCAAGUGCCGCGCUGAAAAUGAAACAUUCACUAGUAUUUAGCAUUAUUUCGUAUUAUUAUUACAACAAACAAUAAAUACCGUCAAGCGAAAGUAGCUCAAUACAACUGCAAAAGCCAGCACUGCUUCUACCCUGAAAUCUAAAUUAAUCUCAAAUGAAAGUAAAACAAAUUAAUAUAAUUAAAUAAAUCAUGUGCUUCGUGUGCCGGUGGCGGCAACUUUCAAUUUCCGUGCGAAAUCGAGCAAAAAGUAAAGAAGAAAAAACCAGCGCACAUAUACACAUGUAGAUAUACACAUACUCAUACAUGAGUAUAAAAUACAAUUUAAAAUACAUAAAAAAUCGGGAAUUUAAAUAAGAAUAUCAAAUGUGCGCAUUAGCAGCUACUCGCCAAACAAAACCACAAGCGUCAUUGUCCUAUAGCCGUCACCUACCGCACGGAAUGAAAAUGAAAUACGAUUUUCUAAAUUGCAAAAUAUUCGCGAAAGAGAAAAACCCACAAUACAGCAAAAACAUUUAUAAGCAUUUUUUUAAUAAACAAGAAUGAGUUGUGUAAAGGUUUAAACGACUAAUUGAGAAAUAAAUAUUGUUGUUGCACCCGCGUUGCCAACCUAAGAUGCCUCGGCCCGCUUUAUUGCACUUGAAGAUAGUAUCGGUGCCAGUACCAUUGGCAAUGCCAAUGUCAUACCCAUAUGUACACACAUACAUACACACAUACAUAUAUAAUCUAUACUAAUCGGUUGCUCAUGUUUGUGUGUGUGUGCGUAUGUAUGUAUGUAUGUGUAUAUAUGUAGCGCUAUGCAUGAGUAUUCAUUUUAGUGCGGCAAUCCAAAAUUGUAUAAUUUGUCAUUCCUAAUCUUUUUUUAGAUUUGUUUAGUAAUUUAUGUUUGUCCAUACAGACGUAAUGCCUGCACGCUCUAUUCCAAAAAAAACAAAACAACAAAAAACGCGCGUUAUUUUUCAAACAGAAACAACCGAUUCAAACAUGAAGCCGGAUUCAUACCAGGUGAUAGGAGUAGAGCAGCUGAUUUGUGUUUGUUUUUGUUUCUGUUGUUGUAGCAGUUCAUCAAGCCCUGCCAGUGCGGUGUAGUCAUUGUCUAACUCAUCUUGUUUCGACAGCUUGAGUUUAGAGGGAUGGCCCUAAUACCCCUUAAAUGAAGGAGUUUAAGAGUGCAUGUGAAUGAGAGGAGGUGGUUGAACUCCGAUGACGUCAUACGGGGGUCGGGAGUUUAGGAAACUGGAGAGAAGAGACUCCCAAUGAAUGUCAUUUCAAUUUUGUCUAUAAACUUUUCGAUCCAGUAAUUCGUCAGUAUAGCCGAAGAGACGUCACUUGUUCGCAAUCUGGCGGCUUCAACGUCAAAGUGAUUUGCUGUUUGUUGUUUUUUCGUUUGUUUCGUUUCUAAUUGAAAAUUUCCACCCAUUGGUAUAUGCGUAGACGGGUUAGCGGCCAAAUCUGCUUCCAGGAUUAAAGUAGCAAACAUGCAUCAGUUCUACUCUCUGUGGAACACUUGCAUGGUGCAUCGAAAGCAGACCAUCUGGUUCCCAAGAGAGAUCUGAACCAAGACUAUAAAAUUCGAAUAUCCGACAGAAAGGAUUGGCAGACCAGAGUCAUAUUAGAUGAUUUUUUUUCCUUGUUCACUCAGACUCAGUCUUGCGUUGGUUUCGUUAAUCUAUUUUGAUUUCUUAGAGGGUAGAUGAUUAGCCUGUCGCUACCAGUCCAAAAUAGUGGGAUACAGGGAUGCCCACCUGUCGUUGCUUAGAAACAACGCCUUCUUACUGUAUGGAGCGCCUUCUGUGUUUCACAUUUUUCUGCCAGAAGGAUCGCACAGAUGAUUGAGGACUUCGCUAAAUAUGGUGUGUCUGCGCCAUUACCGCGGUUGCCCGCUUGCUCUUGUUGGUGCCACUGAUCCAAUGUGUAACUGUGUGGACUAGUCAAGCGGGAGGACGCUCUCGCUUGUCCAACAACUCGCCACCACAUUUUGUUGGGUUCCCGGCAACUCUGGAGUGGAGGGAAAUGAAAGAGCGGAUGAGUGUGCAAGAAAGGCUCUGAGCUAGACCUUCAGCGAGUCGUAGAGAGCAUAAGCAUUCAAGCAAUCCUCUAAACGAACUGUACACUACGAUUGACUUGUGCGUAAUCGCGGAAACCAAUAUAAGGUAGUAUCUGACUACUAACUGCACCUUGGCCAAAACUGAAUCUUAAAAGAACAAAAUGUCUGUUUGCAUUGAACAGGUUAAGCACCAGCGUCCUCACAGGUAUCAUACGGGUCACUGCUCUAUUGGCUUGAAACUCGUUCUCCGACCACAGUGCAGAGCACUCGAACUAAAGUUAUUUUAUUCCAAAUGCUGUACUUAUUUCAUAGAAAUGGCAGUGCUGGAUUAGUACAAGGUGGCGCAAAAUUAAUCAUCCCAUCGGAACAUUUAUAAGGAACUCAGACUUUGUGAAUGAGACAACUGCAGUUUACAAAAAGGCAAACAAUCGAGCGCAUAAAGGUCAAAAUAAAGAUUUUUAUCAAUGAAAAUCAUUUUUUUUUAUUUAAAAAAAAAGGUAUUGAAAAACAAAAUUAGCUGAUUAAUUUAGUGCCACCUUGUAUACGGAUCAAUCCUCACCUUGUGUACGGGUCAAAGAGGUCCGUAUGUUCAUUUCAUUUAUAAAAUGUCCCAUUUUUCUGGAAUGGAGUGUGCUUAUAUUAUUGACAGCACUUGCUGGCCCAUACGCCGCUGUUAAAUAUUCAUUGUUUGUUUGCAUUAUUCUUGCUAAUCAGCUUCUAAUGCUGCUUAUAGCUGCUACCUACCCAAAUGCAUAUUUAAGUAUAUACAUAAAUAUGUAUCCUACACAAGUAUUUAUGGAUCGUUUGGUGCUCGAAAGACUGCGCAAAUGCAGAAACAACAAUAACAAGUGAAAAAGAUAUUUUCAGCUUCGUCGUUAGCGUCAUCAACGUUAGCGUCAACAUCGCACUCACACGCUCACUCAUUCAGUCACCUAUUUUAUUUGAAUUCCGUUGACGAGCAAAAAACUUGACCUUGGACUAGGUUGAUUGCAUUCUAGCGGUCAAUGGCAUUACCGCUGCGAUCACCGCUGAUCACCGCUCACCCACAACCUCCGCAAUGCUGCUGACACAGACGCUCUGUCGCGAGUGACUAGAAAAGCGAAAGAGCGCGCGCGCGCACCGAACCACCCGCUCCUCCUUUUGCUCUAUAUACAUCAAGCACAUAAAAUAGAUGUGUGAAAUGUGAUGCGAGGGAGUAGUGGGCGCAAGCUGUCAUAAAGCAUUCAUAAAACAACACAUAUUUUGGCUUUUUGGCAAGUGCACAAAUACAUACAUGCAUACGAAGAGGGUUAUAUAUGUACAGUACGAACUCAAAACAAAUAAAAAACACAAGUACUCAUAAUUAAUUAAAAAACACUUUCUAUGUAUUUAACAACAAAAUGAUCAGUAAUCACACAGGAAGACAAGCAAUAACAAUAAGGCGAAAACAUUUGCACAAUUAAAAUAUAUUCAUACUCGUACAUACAAUACGAGUACAUGCCAUACGAAACGCUGA